AUGCGUGAUUUUCAAGAGCGAGUGCCGAUUAAAGAGUUCAUAGUGGACAUUGUGGAGGAAGAUGAAUUGGACGAGCCGCUUGAAAACGCCACGAUUGUCUUCCAUAUGGCAGCGAGGACGAUGGAUUUGGGGAUGUACACAAAGCCGAAACGGUAUAUGGAAGACAAUUUCCAAGGGACGAAACAACUGGUGUUCAGUAUGAUCGACAAACGUGUGAAAUGGAUGGUGAAUACCAGUGAUGCCUUCUCGACUUUAACUUGCUCAGACAGCAGAGGAGCCAGCGAAAACACGGCCAAAACUGUAACAAACGAAAACUUCACUUUGGGGCCAUACGCGAAAAGCAAGUUCUACGCUGAGAGAUGGCUUAGCUGUUCGUCUGCCAGAACCUUCAGCAGAGGAAAGGAGGUGAAAGUGGUUACCGUACGGCCAACUAUACUAUACGGCGAAGGGGACAACUGGCUGGUACCGUACUAUUUGCAGUUUUGUACGCAGCACGGAACACUGUCGGCCAUAAACAAGGCCAAUGGCCCGAUGAGCAUAACGUAUGCUGGAAAUUGCGCAUAUAUGCAUCUGCUGGCUGCCGAGCAUCUGAUGCAGAAGCCUGACGUGCUCGACGGCGAAGUGUUCAACUGUACGGACGAAACAGUUGCUGUGAACUUCUACUCCUACAUAGAGCCUUUCGCGCGAAACGCCGGCUGCAAGCUGCGCAACUUAGACCUGCCAUAUUCCGCAGUCUUUGUACUCUACGCUGUUGUUGAGUGGUUCUUUCUGUUUCUGUUCUACGCGUUCGGCGUCCGUUACGACCAUCUGAUGAUGAACAGCCACGCGUUCGGAAUGGUGAAUUACUCGACUUUGACCGCGACUAGCUCCAAGGCACGUUUGGUUCUCGACUAUAAGCCUGUGUACGAGCCGCAAGAAGCCAUGGAGCGCACCAUCAAAUGGUGGAAGGACAAGCGAAACGCCAUCGGCCCAGAUUAA